AGGUCGGCUCGAUUCGCCUCGAUCCGCCUCGCGCCAUGAUCCGGAGGGAAUCCGAGGUGACAGCUUUCCUGCAAGAAGCCGGCCUCGCUCAGUAUGCCAAGGCUUUGGAGCACCACGGUAUCGAGAUGCAGACCUUGAUGAGCAUGCAAUAUGAGCAGAUGCGCGACCUGGGCAUGCGCUCAGGCCACGCCCUGAAGCUCAGGAGGCGAUUGCAGCUCGCAAACGGCUCGGCCGCCAAAGGUGACGUGGUGGGCGCAUUGAGCGCUGUGCAGCUGAGCUGGCUCCGGCAGGAGGUGUCGCUGCAGCAGUUCUUGGCUGCGGUCCCCGAGGAGUUGGACUCGCCUGCCCUGAAAGCGCUCUUUGGGCACUUUCUGACCAUGGUGGGGCGCGUCGUCGCCGGGAUCCAUGAGCUGCAGAGGCUGUCGCCAGAGCUGCAAGAGCUGGGCUUGCUGCAAAGAUUAUAUGGCAUCAAGGAGCAGCACUUCCAGCUGGCUGGGAAGAUUCUGGUGGAGCUCAUGGCAUGCGAGCUGACUCCGGAGGCACAAAGUGCCUGGGUCAUGGUGUCGGGCUUCAUGGUCGCAGAACUGCUCGCGGGAUUCCACGGGAACGGCGAAAUCUCCCAACGAGAGUUUCGCUUAUCCUUGAUGUCUGACUGUAGCACUGCCGUGGGUGAUAUGGACGCGGACUCCAGGACCACACAUGACGGUGAUGAUGUGGAUUUAGCUAGGACACCAUGACGCGGUGGACCUCAGGGGUCCAUCGCGCGCGGACUUUUUGGGGGACCCACUUUCGGCGUCAUUUGUGACCCAAAGAGGGUCAAACCCACUGUUCAAAGGCCUCAAUCCUUUCCCAGAAGGGGUCCGGAUUUAUGGGCCACCGAGCAGCCGAGACAUCAACCCCUGGGUCCAAGUUCCCUCCAAGUUGCUACUUCCC